UGUGUACACGGAAGUAGUGAGGUUUCAGCUCGAGCUCGGAGUUUACUGAAGAUGCUACUUUUGUGUCUCUAAUAGUCGCUUAGAAAGUGUCGGUUGAUGGUUUGGGGAUGGCAGAUUACCUUAGAGGUUUGUGUUUGGGGAUUCUGACUUGAAAAUACGCUCUUUGAGUGGACGGUGUAUAGCUGUGCGGGUCAAUGGACGCCAGGACUUAUGACUUAGGAAAAGUGCUGCUGUUUUGACAGCUGCCUGAAGCUUCACUACCUGUGUGUCUGUGUCAGAGAUCAGCUCUAUAAGUAAAAACGGCCCACAUGAAUAAAUUAAGGCAAUAAUUCGUGUAUAGAUUUCACAUGAAAGCGUCUGGAUUUGGAGCAGCUUUUUAACGCUCGUUAAAGAAGUCCCUCCCUUGAGCCAGACGUGACCAUGGCGUCUUCCCGGCUAAAGUACAUGUCUUUGGGGGUGCUGGUGUUCCAGACCACAUCCCUGGUGCUCACCAUGCGCUACUCCCGGACGCUGCAGUCUGAGGGUCCGCGGUACCUGGCUUCCUCCGCCGUGGUUGUGGCGGAGCUCUUGAAGAUCCUUACCUGUGUUCUGCUCGUCUUCAAGGAGCACAGUUAUAGCAUGCGAGCCCUGAACAGUAUUCUCCGUCAGGAAAUCAUACACAAACCUAUUGAGACUCUGAAGCUUGCCAUCCCCUCUGGCAUCUACACUCUCCAGAACAACCUGCUGUACGUGGCUCUAUCCAACCUGGAUGCAGCCACUUACCAGGUGACGUAUCAGCUGAAAAUCCUGACCACUGCUCUAUUUUCCGUAUCCAUGCUGGGUCGUAGGUUAGGGGUGUACCAGUGGCUCUCGCUCCUCAUUCUUAUGACCGGAGUGGCACUUGUGCAGUGGCCAUCUGAGUCUGCAUCGGCUGCAGAAAAGGAGGUGCUGUCGGCUGGAUCACAGGUUGUUGGAGUGACGGCCGUCCUGGUCGCAUGUUGCUCCAGUGGCUUUGCAGGAGUUUACUUUGAGAAGAUUCUGAAGGAAAGCAAGCAAAGCGUCUGGGUCCGCAACAUCCAGUUAGGGAUGUUUGGGCUGGUAUUUGGCCUUAUUGGCAUGCUGCUCUAUGAUGGAGAGAGGGUCCGAGAGUCUGGGAUGUUCCAGGGUUAUAACACACUCACCUGGACAGUUGUGGCGCUUCAGGCGCUAGGGGGUCUGGUCAUAGCGGCAGUUAUAAAGUACGCAGACAACAUCCUCAAGGGCUUCGCUACAUCCCUCUCCAUCAUCCUGUCAACUCUUAUAUCCUACUUCUGGCUCCAGGACUUUGAACCUACAGGGGUGUUCUUCCUGGGAGCAAUUUUAGUCAUUGUGGCUACUUUUCUGUAUGGGUAUGAAGUUAAGCCUGCUGUGAAUCCAAGCAGAGCAUAGUACUCUUCAGAGGGACACUACAGCAGUAUGAACCCUUGGAGCAGAGGGGAACAGUGUGCAGAAAAACAAGGGGAAAAGUCAAACAUUGUCAAACAUUUGGACCAGUCAAACAUUUGAACACACCAUCUCAUUCAAUGUUUGUUUCCUAAUUUUUACUACUUUCUGCAUUUUAUAUACUGGUACAUAUAAAUCACAAUCAAUCACAUCAAUCAAAUAUAUGAAGUAAGGUAUAUAGAAUCAUGUAGCAAAAAAAAUUUAAAUAACUCUAAAUACUAAAUAUUUUUGUUUUAUAUUUUAUAUUCAAAUCCUCAGAGUUAGCGUUGUUGAAAAAAUAUUUUGUUAUUUAACUUUUUUCCUUCACUGCAUAAUUCCAUA